AUGGAAAUUGACGAGGUCCCAUCACAAUCCCCUCCAGCAUCCGAGCAAUCCCCAUCCCCUGAAGCGGCGCCAAGACGAACGCUAGCCACAAAAACCCUGGAGAUUUGCAAUCACCUGAAGUCAAACUACAACAUGACACCAAAGCAGUUUAUCGAGGCAUUUCUCACUGCGGACAGUGAUGCGCUUUCUUUUCGUCGGCGUUAUUGGGGUUCUAAGGAUGGCUGGCCCUCAACUCUUGACAUAAUCCAAAAAAUCAAAAAGCAAGUGAAAAAGACACAAAAAGGUCAAGCUCGUUGGUGCGAAUUCAUCAAAAAUGAAGUGGAUGUUUUCAAAGUAGCCAGAAAGUUGAACCAUCUUUCUUUGACGAUGAUGCUGUACUCGCCCGAGUAA